CGAAGGGGCACGAAGUAUACUGUAUGUAUAGUAUAUGAAGAUCAGCACAAGCCAUAAACGCACAGAAACCUCCACCUAAGAGGGUGCAAAAGGGGACCGACCUGCUUGUCAGCUUAUGACUUGAUCAAAAAUACUUCUUUCAUACGACCACCCACCCCCAUCUACUCAUAUACGACAAUGUCAAACGGAGCACAAGGACUUGGCGACGCCAUCAAGGGGCCUUUCUGAUGAAAAGCGUUUUCAAUGCAGCCCACGGAGCAGGAGAAGUGAUUCGUGGAACGAUCAACGAUGGAGCCGAUAAGCUUGGUGAAGGUAUUGCAUCUGACGGAAAACAAACUGGAACAGAUGAUAAACGUCAACGAGAUUUGGCUUUGGAUGGACAUGCUCCACAAGACCAUAGCGCAACCGUUUCUGAAGGUAAAGGUCAAUUCGAACAAGGUAUCUCUUCAAUAGGAAACGCAGGUCAAGGUGGAUCCAAUCAACCAAGCGCUUAGGAGUAAUAGCUUCAUGUCAUUGA